GGAAAGUUUGCAUUUCUCAAAUAAAAAAAUGACAAAUAUGGUUCGAUGGCUCUUCUCCACUAGCAGGUUUACUGCUUUCUAUUUGCACUUUUGUAUUAAGUUUCCUUAUAUAUACGAUUUUUUAUUAUUUUCUAUUUGUCUAUUUUUAUUUUUAGUGCGUUUUAUUUCGAUUAUUCUUCUCCCAAUUUUAAAUCUUUUCGGAGCCUCCUUCAUUAUUAUUCUUCCUCCAGAGAUUCCGGAUCCCCAAGCUCUAGCUCAUUUAGCAGGGCUAAACUUCUAUUUGAGCCUUUACGAGCAGGAUCCUGGAUGGGUUACGUUCAUUCAGAACAAGCUUAAUCACAAUACCCCUCUGGAGGACAUACCUGGACGGCUUAAGCUCUUCCUAAUGGAAGAAAAGCUGUCUAGUAUGCGACAAGAUGUCAUUCAGGAAUUUGUGGCGCUUUAUCAAAGAAUAGGGCCUUAUCUACCGAUCAAGCCCUACUUGGUCGAUGAAGCGCUUCGUUCCUAUCUGGACCAUAUUCACGCAACUGAUUCUUUCACUGUUCUCCAAGCGUCUUAUCAAGAUCUGCGGGAGAAUGAGGGAGGAUUUUUUUUCUUUAGAGAUGCUGUUUCCCACAACCGGGAUCUCCUUGAGGCGGAAAGCUCCGCAAGGAGGUGCCUGGAAGUGGAACAGAGGAUCCGAUGGGAAGAAAUCCCCAAGAGCAAGGCAAGUCUCGAAAGAGCUGAGCACGAGCAUGCUCUCGACUUGUUUAAGUCGGAGGAUCUUAGAGGGAAUUAG